CCUCUCCCAUCCCAUUCCCAUCACCUUCCCUUUCAUUUGCCUUCCAUUUUUAACUCCCCCACUACCCACCAAAUCUUCCCCUCUGUCCAAACUACCACACCCCUCCUCCCUCCUACUAUCCUUACAAUAUCGUACCCUCACUUCCAGGAGCAACCUUAUCAGCAUGUCCAUCCCUCCUGCAUUGUAGAAAACAUGGUGUUAGCCUUCUCACCCCCUCCCCGGGGUCCUUAAUUCAUCAUUCCUAUGAGCCCAUGCCCCAGCUUUGAGCCACACUCCAAAUGAUAUCUUUUUCCAAUGAAUACCUUUACACCACUUCGGGCAAUGCCGAUCUACAUAUCCCAUCCUACAACAAAUGAAGCAACUCCACCCACAAGUUGUUCGUCCCCCGUUAAUUUCAUGUUGCUUUCUAAAGGUUGUUGAACAUCCAACCACACUCUAAUCCUCAUAAAUUUCAUCCAUCCUCCCUUGAAGUUGUUUUGAUCUGCUUGUACAAUGAUCAAUCCAAUUGCCAAUAAGUUUUGCCAUCUUCUUCGUAAAAUACUCAAUGGGAAGAUCGAAUACUCGAAUUCAAAACAACUCAUGUGUGAGGGUAACUGAUAGUGGAUUCUCACAUGACAUGAAUUCAGUGUUCGAAGAAUCAAAAGGUUUGUUAACACAAGACCAAGGACCGGUAUCAAUAAUUCGUGAAACAUCCACUUCAUGACAAAACUGAAACAAGAAAUGGUUCUCCCCCAAAUCUCAUACAUAACUCCUCCACGGCUCCACCAGGCUUCCAUAUAUCUGCUUUUGAGUCUCGAAAAAAAAAACUGCACCGGCCUCUCUGAAAAGAUACGACCCACCUCAAAGAAUGAAGAAGUAACCUGAUUCUUCUCUACUACUGCUUUUCCCACAUCCACACCAGCUUCAUCCUCAUCUUCCAGUGACAUCCGAGCGUACAUAGUCUCCAUGCCCUCAUCUUGUAAUGCCAUGUUUCGCAAGGAGCAAUUGAUCCAAGUCUCCAACGUAGAGAAACGAGAUUUCUCAGGUUGAAGCUAGAGCUUGCUACUUGCACCUUCUCACGGGUGAUAUCAAAUCAGGGAGACGUGAAAUAGAGGGCAGGCGAAUGAGGACCAGGAACAAUCCGAGGGGGCAGGCGCCGGUAGUAUCCCAAAGGGGAAGCCGGGCUGCAUCUCGGGGUUCGAGAGGAGGCCGUGGAGGCCGUGGAAGCCGUGGAGGUCAUCAAGCUCAAUCUGUGAGUGAUGGCCAUGUAAGCUCGGUGUAUGAAACCAACACCGAGGACUAUGACUCAACCUACGUUCCAGAAACGGAGCAUGAGGAGACCCCGUAUGAUGGGGGGGACACAUACACCGAUGAUGACGAUGAGAGUGAUGCCCGAUUCGCCCAGAUGGGUGAAUUACUUGAGUGGUAUCAAAAGGAGAAACUGAGGAGAGACCUUAGGCGCCAAGCGAGGCGUGGCUCUCGUGGUGGUUCGGGUCAAGGAAGCCGGGGAGCUUCCGUGGCCACCCCAGCGGCGUCACAAGGUGGGCGUGAGGGAGGUUUUGUUGUGAGAAUCUCCAAGUACCUCAAGGAGGCUAGGGCCUUGGGGUGUAGGUCCUUUGACGGCACCGGUGACAUUACCGUUGCCGCCGAUUGGAUUAAGAAGGUGAAGGAUGCAUCAAGAGACAUGCAAAUCACACCGGACGUGAAGUUGACUGUCGCUUCACGGCUACUUGAAGGGAUAGCUUCUACGUGGUGGGAGAGCGUGGAAGGGAAGUACCAUGGGGAAAUAACAUGGGCGGACUUUGAGCUAGAGUUCUAUGCUCAAUACUACUCCGAGUACGAGGUGAAUGUGAAACGGAGAGAGUACACUAACCUCAAACAGAAAGAGGGCGGCACAGUUAAGCAACUGGAACAAGAGUUUAGAACCUUGGCUAGGUUCUUGCCGGAGUACGCGGUUGAUGAGAACCGCAUGACGGAGCACUUUUGGGAUGCCCUACUCUUGGACAUCCGUGACCGAGCUACGUACUCGCGCCACAUGACCUUCAGUGAGGUGGUGGAGCAGGGCCUUCUCGGGGAGGCCCAAUGGAAUGAGAGAAAAGAGAGAGACGCCGAGGAGGCGAAAAAGAGGAAAUGGCAAAGUUCGGGGCCGCCCGAGCAAGCACGAAAGGAUAAGCACGGUGGAGGUGGCGGUUCGUUCAAGACACCGGCACCACCGGCAAAGAAGAACAGGGAUGCUCGGUGGCAUGCAUCCUCCUCCCAAAAGACGGGACCCCCUAGGUGUGCUAAUUGUUCGAAAAAUCACUUUGGGAAGUGCAAUGCACCCCCAAGGUGUUAUCAAUGCGGGAACACGGGCCACAUGAAGGCCAAUUGCCCACAAUUAGGGGGUGGAGGAGCUUCGGGAUCCGGAGGAGGAACCAUGACGGGAAGAAACCGUGCGGGACCAUCAAACGGCGGUACGGGAAGAGGCAACGCAUCCACAAGUCAUGCCGCGUCCGUAAAUCAAGGCGGGACCCAAGCACGAGUGUACGCAAUGACCGAGGCGGAUGCGCGAGCAAACCCGGACUCCGUUGCAGGUUGAAGCUAGAGCUUGCUACUUGCACCUUCUCACGGGUGAUAUCAAAUCAGGGAGACGUGGUUCGUGCUUCCUUAUUUUCUUUCAAACUACCGAACACUUGCUCAUGGAUAAUUGUUUUACUACAAACUAUUUUUGGGGCUUGCAUGCCCAUGUUGUCGGCCGGUUGUGGCCCAUGACUUACCGUUGAAUAUUUCCGCUAUUCAUUGGUUUAAUGUGAUGUUGUUAUGUAUGUUUA